AUGGGGUGCAGCACUUCCAAGAACAAGGAGGUCAGGCCUAACGAGAGGACAAGGGCCUCGGCAGCGACCGCAGACAGCCCGACUGACGCGCGUGCCAAUGGCACUCGCACUCACAACCCCACUGUUGAAGCAGCGCCUCCGGCGCCUGCGGAGCCCAAGCAAAACGGUGCCGCGUCGCAUGUGAGCAAGUCGCCUAGCAACCACUCAGUGGCGGCCCCGGUUGGUCGUGCGGCCGACGCUAGCCAUGACACGAAAAGCACCAAGGUGGAUUUGACUGAGGUACCCGACAAGGCCCCGCGUCAAAACGGCGCUGGAGCGGGCGAGGGCGAUGUGGACGAAAACGGCAACGCUGUUUUGCUGCCAAAGGGCGUUUGGGCCAAGACGGAGGGAACACCCUACUACUACUGCGCCGAGGAGAACCUAUACUUCCACCCGCCUAGCUGCCAAUUCUACGACCCUACAAACGAGAUGUGGUACGACCCGGAUAAGGAUGAGUGGUACCGCGACGAAGGCUCGGAUGUCGAGGCGGCUUAG